CACUCAACGACAAAACAUGGCGGAGGCUGCAGUAGAAGAAAGUAGGACUGAAUCAAAUAAGUUUUACUGCCAUAGCUGCUCCGAAGAAAUUGACCCAAAACCUGAUUUUACUUGUCCCAAGUGUGAUAAUGGAUUUAUUGAAGAAUUAACAGGGGAGUUAGCUGAGAGUUCCAGUCCUCAGCCUUCACAAGAACGUGACCCUGCUGCACAAUUUACAGAGCUGUGGGGAAGAGCUUUCUUAGAAAGUUUCCAAACUCAGUCUGGGGCUGGUUCUUCAAACAAUACACAGAUUGGUGGAGAGUCUGAAUCUGAUGAGGAGGAGAGUCGGCCUCAAUCUCGAUCUCAGAGGCCUCGCCCUGUGACCCGCAUUUCAGUAAGGACAGGUGGACCAAGGACCAGACAAAUGAGACAACCACAGUAUUUACAUGGGCUUUUACAGUUGUUUGUUGACAGACUAACUGGUGAAAUGGGACAACCUAUGAACUUUAUGACACUUCAUGGGAAUCCGGCUGAUUAUGCAUGGGGUGUCGGGGGUCUAGACAACAUCAUAACACAGCUGCUUAAUCAACUAGAGGGAUCUGGGCCUGCCCCUGCUGAGAAAUGUAAAAUAGAUUCAUUACCAACUGUCAAAAUCACCCAAGUACAAGUGGAUAAUAUCUUACAAUGUUCAAUAUGCAUGGAAGAUUUUGGUUUAGAUGAAGAUGCAAAAAAAUUACCCUGUGAACACCAUUAUCACAAAGUGUGCAUUGUUACCUGGCUGGAAAUGCAUGGGACAUGUCCUGUGUGUAGAAUUGACUUAAAUGGUGAAGAUAGUUCCCUGAAGAAUGACGACAGUUUAUAUUCUGAACUACAGAAUAUUAGGAGUGAUCCUUCAGAACCCCCUGAGUGAUAGCAGACUGUGUUGUAUUGUUUAUUAUAUACUGUGAUUUUAUUAUGUCAUUUUAACAAAGACAAAGUUAAAGUGACCAUAAAAAUUUAAGUACUGUUCUACAGAUAAUGUGAGAGUUAAUUUCUUGCAAGUUUUGCAUAUAUAACAUUCAUUUGCAUUCAUAUGGUAUGACUGUGCAUUGACUUGUUCUUUUUAUUUAGAGUCACUUAGAUGACCUUUUGCUGUCUGUUUUAAUAUGUGGUUGUCUAUUGUGCAUAAACUUUUCACAUUUUAAAUAGAAUCUGUAAUUGAAAAAAUCUGAUUCUACAUUGCAUAAAAUACCUGCAUUAGCUGCAUAUAAAUUCAAUCCUUAUGGCCCUGCUGUUGGGAGGGAGAAGGGAUCUGUAUUAUAAUCAUGUCAAUUAAAAGAAAAUUCAGGGAAAAAAUUCUGAUGAAGAACAAGAGUACAAUUUUUCAAAACUUAUGUGAAAAUGUUUGUAUGUUCAAAUCAUUGCCAUAGUGCUUUUUGAACCAAGAUGGUAUAUAUUAGGGCUCUCAAGUUUUACAAAGGAGUAGAUUGCAAAAUAAAACAUAAGAUGUUCUGAAAAAUGAAUCUUGUAAAACUUGGGUGACCAUUGAGGGUCUUGGCAUAGAAUACGUACAUGUACAGUACCUGCAUUCAUAAGUGAUGAUUUUUAUUUGAAAAAUGAAAAAUUAAAUCUAUUGUCAUUGUAAGAAGAUAUUUUCAAAACUUCGAAUCAUUCAUUUUGUUAACUUUAAAAGGCUAGGAGGUGUAUUCAAUUUAAAUGACUAGUGUUUUGUGUCAUUAUUUUACAGUAAAAUAAAAGGUUUAAAAAUUAUAAUUUUUUUGGCAUUGUAUAGGCAAAAAAGAGUUUUUCUUUAGAUUGAUUUUGUCCAUACAAAGCAGUAGUUAUUUUGAGAUUUUCCUGUUUUAGGUCAUACUCCAGUGCAGGAAUUCAUGUAUACUAUUGUAGACUGUUGCUGCUAAAGAUUUGAUUUGUACAUGUAAGAGUAUUGAAUUGUAUUUCUAAAAUACAUUGAACAUGUAUUUGCAAAGUGAAAUAUACAUGUUAUAUUCAGAGGUUAACAUUUAAAAUCUACAGUGUAAAUAUAUUUAUGGUGGAACUGACAGAAGUUAAUAAAUGACAGCCACUUGUAGCCAUUAUUUGUCCUUGUUAUAUGAUUUCAGUCAUGUUUUCAACUGAAAGAUGGCAUUUUAUAUCAUGAAAUUUGUAUAAUGCCAUAUUGAAUGUUAUAAAUAUUGUAGGGGGCUUAUGCAUUUUGCACCAUUGAAGAUUUAAUAUGCCAAUUGUAAUUUUGCUUUCAUUACCAAGAGUUUAUACUAACAAUAAUACUUCAGGUUAUACAUGUACCUUCGUUUUAUUUUAUACUGUUUGAAAUCUGAUUACUGUUUAAGCCCCGUGUUAUGUGUUACUUUUAUCAUUAUUUAAUUAUUCUUGGCACUCAAAAUGUGUCCUGAGUAUAGUAGUGUAGUAGCAACUUUUUACUUUGGUUUAAAAAAAUAAAUUUGUUUUUAGGUAUUUGUGGUCACAGAUCCCAGAACAUAUUAUUGUAGAUUUUUUUGAGCUAAAGAGAAUGAAAAUGGCAAUAUUCUUUUAAGUUUUUUUUUUUUUUACAUGUAUUUAAAGGACAUUUUCAAUUGAUGUGACCUGUAAUAUUUGUCCCCCCCCCCCCCAAUCCACAAAUAACACCAAAGUUUUGUAUGGAGAGAUUGAAGGGGUUCAACAUUAAAUAUUAAAUAAAUAUUGAUAUGAUUGUG